AUGUGGUUCCUCGUGCUCCUCUGUGCUGCCUCUGCCCUGUGCCAGGGUGUCACAAGGCUGCCCUUGGAGAGGGGGAAGAAGCUGAGAGAAGUCCUCAGGGAGAAGGAUUUGCUGCAGCAGUUCUUCCAGCAGCACCACUACGACAUCGGCGCCAAAUUCCCGCACGCUUUCCCCAACGGAACUGGGGUGGCCACCGAGCCCCUGCUGAACGCCCUGGACGUGGAAUAUUAUGGGACCAUCUCCAUUGGCACCCCCCCACAGGACUUCAGCGUGGUCUUCGACACCGGCUCCUCCGACCUCUGGGUGCCCUCUGUGUCCUGCCCCAGCCUGGCCUGCCAAACCCACCAGAUGUUUGACCCCUCUCAGUCCUCCACCUACAAGAGCACAGGGUUGAGUCUGUCCAUCCACUACGGCACAGGAGAGAUGGAGGGGACCGUGGGCUCAGACACCGUCACCGUGGCCUCUCUGGUGGACACCAACCAGCUCUUUGGCUUGAGCACUGCUGAGCCCGGCCAGUUCUUUGUCCACGUCCAAUUCGAUGGGAUCCUGGGCUUGGGAUACCCAAACCUGGCUGCUGAUGGCAUCACUCCUGUCUUUGAUAACCUGGUGAACCAGAGCUUGCUGCAGGAGAACCUCUUCUCUGUCUACCUGUCCCGGGAGGCAGCAGGGAGCAUGGUCAUCUUCGGGGGCAUUGAUGAGUCCUAUUUCACUGGCCCCAUCAACUGGAUCCCUGUCUCUUACCAGGGCUACUGGCAGAUCUCCAUGGACAGGAGGAGGUUGAAGGCCCCAAGUGUGAACUGCAGCUCCAUCCCUGCCAUGCCUGAUGUCAUCUUUGUCAUCGAUGGAGUCCAGUACCCCGUGUCAGCCUUGGCCUACACCGAGCAGCACAGUGAAGGAUCUUGCAUGAGCAGCUUCCAGGACACCUCUGGGGACCUCUGGAUCUUGGGAGAUGUCUUCAUCAGGGUGUACUACAGCAUCUUUGACCGGGCCAACAACCGCGUUGGGCUGGCCAAGGCUGUUUAG